UUGACAGUUGACAUUGACAUUUAGCAUGGUAUUGCUUUUAACUUAACCUCUGUAAAACAAUUUUAGCACAUUAAACAUAAUUCAUUCGAAAUUGUGUGAAUUAAAAUUAUAAAAUGACCCUUGACUUUAGGGAUUUUGACAAAGAUUCUUCUGAUGACAGCAGCAGUGACUUAGGAGAGGAUUCAGAUAUAAAUGAUGAUAUGUCCUUAAGUGAAAGUGGAGGAGAGGAUGAAGAAGAUGCAGGGAACAAUAUUAAUCAGGAAGAGAACCUUGAUAAUUGUGAUGAUGAAGAUGAAGUUGUAAAAGCUAUUAAAGCAGAAAAAACAAAACCACGAGAUCAUCCGCCAAGUAUUAAAUGUGAAGAUUUCAUAGUAGAUAUUUCAUUUCAUCCUAAUAAAAAUAUUAUAGGCUUGGCAAAUAUAGUUGGAGAUGUCUUACUUUAUGAGUAUAAUAAUGAUGAAACAAAACUUAUCAACACACUAGAACUACACACAAAAGCUUGCAGGGAUAUUGAAUUUGAUGAUGAAGGAUUAAUUAUGUUUACUACAGCAAAAGAUAAAGCAAUAAUGGCAACAGAUGUAGAAACUGGAAAAUUAAAGCAAUGUUUUGAAAAUGCUCAUGAAGAACCAAUUUAUAAAUUAAUAUCUUUGGAUAGUAAUAAAAUAGUUACAGGUGAUGAUUGUGGCACAGUUAAGCUUUGGGAUAUGAGGAAACAAAAUCCUAUAUUUAGCCUAAAAAUUGGAGAAGAUUAUAUUUCAGAUAUGAUAACUAAUGAAGCUCAAAAGUACUUAGUUUGCGCUGGUGGUGAUGGUAUGCUCACUUCUAUUGAUUUGAAAGGAAGUAAAAUAUACACAUCAUCGGAGCAGUAUGAAUCAGAGUUAACUUGCAUGGGACUAUUCCGUUCAGAGUCAAAGUUACUAGUGGGAUCAUCAGUGGGUAAAUUUUACUUGUUUAACUGGAAAGAAUUUGGAUUACAUAGUGAUGAAUAUGUUGGACAGAAACAUUCCAUACAAUGUAUGAUACCCAUAACACAAAAUAUAGUUGUGUCGUCUGGAGAGGAUGGGAUUCUAAGAGCAGCACACAUGUUUCCACAACGGCAAUUAGGAAUUGUAGGACAACAUAGUUUACCAGUAGAAGCUCUUGAUAUUAGUCAUGAUGGCCAAUAUAUUGCAUCUUGCUCACACGAUAAUGAUGUCAAAUUUUGGAAUAUUGCUUACUUUGAAUCAAUUGAUACUAUGAUUGAUGUGAACCACAAACAAAAUAAAAAGAAGGAUAUGAUCAAUAAUUUGCCAUCAAGUAAUAUAAAAAAUGCUUCAGAUUUUUUUUCUGGUUUAGCGUAAUGUAUAUUUAAUCUGUUGAU